AUGGCGGCGAACGAAGCAAUCAAGUUCAAUACCGGAAAGAUAGUAUGCGGUCGAUGGAAAGUGAUCUCAAGGCUUGGUGCAGGCGGUUGCGGUAGUGUUUACAAGGUUGAAGACCUAAAGCGGAAGGGCUACAUUGCUGCUUUGAAGGCUGAAGCAAUCAUUGAAGACGAUAGCGGUGUGCUGAAGCUCGAAGCAGCCGUACUGAAAAAGCUUGCCGACCGGAAGAAUGUCAUACGACUUUUGCAGUCUGGAAAACGGACCAAGUACAGCUUCAUAGUGAUAACAAUAUGCGGCUCGGAUCUGAUGUCGCUGAAGAAGAAGACACCCGAUGGCUUCGGCGAAAGCACUAUACUACGGAUAGGCAUCUACGCCCUUUACGCUAUCAAGCAGUUACAUGAGAUUGGAUUCGUCCAUCGCGAUGUAAAACCUGGUAACAUGAUGAAUGGGGCCAGUGGACGGGAUCGACGGAUAAUCUUCCUCAUAGAUUAUGGUAUGGUGCGAAACUUUGUGGUACGUGACGGCAAAGGUAUUUCAAUGCGUAAACCGCGGAAGAACGUGCUACUCCGAGGAACUUUGCGGUACUGCUCGCUCAGUGUGCACAGGCGGCUUGAGCAG